CUACCAUUUGCAUGAUGGCGUCAAAAAUAAUCGUACUCGGUGAUGUCAAUUGCGAGCUGCGCGAAGUGUUUACAAAGCUUGCCAAGCUCCAUGUCAAACAGAAUUUUUCACUGGCCAUCAUCACGGGUGACCUGUUCGGCGACUGCUCCACUGAGCAUGAACUUGAUGAGGUGACGGCAUUGCUGAAUGAGAAUAUCAGCGUCCCACUGCCAACCUAUUUUGGACUGGGUAGUCGACCCCUUCCCACCAGGGUGAUUGAGAGGAUCGAGGCCAACGACGAGGUCUGUCCUAACUUGUUCUUCCUGGGAAGACGCGGCACCCUCAAGACGGCAGAAGGCAUUCGCAUCGUUUCCCUCGGCGGCAACUUCGAUUCGGAGAGCAAGUCCACCGACAAGUACCACCCUGCCUACACGGAGUCAGACGCCCGAGCCCUGCACGGUGCCCACCAUGCCGACAUCCUCGUCACUCACCAAUGGCCCAAGGGCAUCCGCACCGGCUCCAAAGUAUCAUUGCCGGAAGACGCAACACCGCCGCCGGAAGUCCAAUGCAUCGCCGACCUCUGCUCAACCCUCAAGCCUCGCUAUCACCUCACCAGCUCCGGCGGCUUCUUCUAUGAGCGUGAACCUUUCUUCCACAUGCCCACCGAAGACAACCCCGACGCGAAGCCUCUCACCCGCUUCAUCAGCCUGGCAUCCUACAGCAAAACCACCAAGCAGAAAUGGAUGUACGCUUUCACCCUCGACCCCAACGCGCCCCAUCCCCUGACCGUCCCCGUCGGCGCCACCGCAUCCCCUCUUCCAACUUCCCAGGCCAAGCGGAAACCCCUCACCAGCCAGAAAGAGUCCUUCUCCCGCUUUGCCGUCGACGACGACCACUCCCACCGUCCCCGCAAGCGUGCCCGCGCACCUCCCCCGGGCCCAGACCAGUGCUUCUUCUGCCUCUCCAACCCCAACAUCGCAACCCACCUCAUCACCUCCAUCGGCAACGAAAGCUACCUCACCACCGCCAAGGGGCCCCUCCCCACGUCCAAAACCUUCCCCGCCCUCGACUUCCCCGGCCACAUGCUCAUCAUCCCCUUCUCCCACUCCCCCACCCUCAACAGCAUCUCCGACCCGGACUCCCGCCUCGCCACCUACUCCGAGAUGCAGCGCUACCGAUCAGCGCUACACUCCAUGCUCAACCACCGCUCCGCGGGCGCCCUCGGCGCCGUCACCUGGGAAGUCAGCCGCAGCAACGGCAUCCACGUGCACUGGCAGUUCCUGCCCGUGCCGUCCGCCCUCAUCAAGCGCGGUCUCGUCACCGCCGCCUUCAAAGUCGAAGCCGAGAACCUCAAGUAUCCCAAAUUCGAAUCCGCCUCCUCCACCGCUGACCCCAGCGCCGAGGCCGGCGAUUUCUUCCGCCUCUGGAUCUGGGAUCCCCCUGCUGACUCUUCUGAAUCUGAACCCCAAGCCGAAGCCGAAACCGAAGAAGCGGACUCCCAACCAGAUAGCCAGAAGUCCUCUGGGUCCGAGAAAUCCCUCCUUUUGCCUCUAGGACCGGAAUUCCGCUUCGAUCUGCAGUUCGGGCGCAGAGUCAUGGCCAAGCUGAUGGAGCUGGAGAAGCGCAUUAAUUGGAAGAAUGACGUGCAGUCGGAUGCGGAGGAGGAGGUGGAUGCGACGGCGUUUAAGGAAGCGUUUAAGGACUUCGAUUUUACGUUGGAGGGCUAG